AUGGAUUUUGGCAUGGGAGGUGCAGAAUAUGAGUAUGCUAAAGUAGGUCAUGCAAAUUAUGAGUAUGAGGAGGUAGGACAUGUAGAUAAUGAGUGUGAUAAGGUAAGACAUGUAGAUAAUGAGUGUGAUAAAACCAUUGAAUCUCCUAAGUUUGAAAUGACAUUUUCAUCUAUAGAAGAAGUUUGGUCUUACUACAUGAAGUAUGGUAAGCAGAAGGGAUUUGGGGUGUGUAAAAGGAAUUCUAGACCGGAUGAUUAUGGGAAUGUCAGAUGGCUCUGCUUGGUAUGUGCGCAAGAAGGCACAUCCAAGAGUAAGGCUGCGAAGAUUCUGGAGUCAAGAGGAACAAAAAACGUAGGAUGUAUGGCUAGAAUUAAUGCGUCCCUGAAUGAUGAAGGUGGAUAUACCCUGACUAAAGUAAAAUUGGAUCAUGCAUACGUUUGUAGUUCGAGAAAGGCAAGACAUUUCAGAUGUUUUAAGAAUGUUGAUGCUCGUGUAGCUAAAAGACUUGAAAUAAAUGAUGAGGCAGGUAUACGAGUGUCAAAAAAUUUCAAGGUUAUGGAUGUUGAGGUAGGGGGUUACGAGAAUGUACCAUUCGGGGAGGAGUGUUGGAGCUACAUUGUCAAAGCACUUCAGCUUCGCCUCGAGGUUGGAGCUGCUGAAAUCCUAUGUAACUAUUUUCAAGAUAUGUAA